GACGAAGGUCAACGAAGAUGGCUCUGAAGCUCCUCAAGCAAACCAAGUGCUUUGACGGCGUGGUGAAGCAUUUUGCCCAUGAGAGCGCGAUGACGCGCACGACCAUGCAGUUCUGCGUCUUCCUUCCGAAAGAGGCAACCGACGCUGCGAAAGUCCCGGCGAUCUAUUACCUGGCGGGCCUCACAUGCAACGAAGAGCUCAUGCAGAUCAAGGGCGGUGCCCAACGCAUGGCCGCGAAGCGUGGUGUUGCGCUCAUUACGCCCGACACGAGUCCUCGUGGCAUCAGCAUUGAAGGCGACAGUGAAAACUGGGACUUUGGCACGGGCGCGGGGUUCUAUGUGGACGCUAAGGAGCCCAAGUGGGCUGAAAACUACAACAUGUAUUCGUACGUGACGAAGGAGUUGCCGGCUCUCGUGACGGCCAACUUGCCAAUCAUCGAUGGCAAGCAGUCGAUCAUGGGGCAUUCGAUGGGCGGUCACGGUGCGCUCACGCUUGCGCUCAAAAACCCGGACCUUUACAAGUCAGUGUCGGCCUUUGCGCCGAUUUGCCAUCCGACGCAGUGCCCAUGGGGUAUCAAGGCUUUCACGGGGUACCUCGGCACGGACCAAUCGACGUGGAAGGCGCACGAUGCGACGCUUCUUGUUCUCGAGAAGGGUGCGAACCCGAAUCUAAACAUCCUCAUUGAUCAAGGCACGGACGACCAGUUCCUCUCAGACAAGCAACUGCUGCCGGAAGCCUUCGAGGCGGCAUGCCAGAAGGUCGGCCAGCCGUUGACGCUGCGCAUGCAGGAUGGCUAUGACCACGGCUACUACUUCGUUUCGUCGUUCAUGGAAGACCACAUCAACCACCACGCGGACGUGCUCCUCACAACGGUCUAA